CUACUCGCUAUAUAAACGGAGCUGGUCUCUCUUGGCUUAUGCAAAUACAAGCAUAAUAAAAGGAAUCACAAGAGAUGGGGCGUCUCGUGAAUGGAGCUUGUCUGUUGGCUUUGUUAUGGUUCAAUGUUUUUGUGGUGAAUUAUGUGGAUGCGAGAGAAGGUGUGACCUUCAACAAAGAUGAAGAGGAGAAGACCUUCGUAGGAGGCGGAAAGGGCUUUGGAGGUGGUUUUGGUGGUUGGCACGGUGCGGGAUUUGGCAAAGGAGGUGGAAUCGCUGGCGGGAUAGGCAAAGGUGGUGGCCUUUUUGGCCACGGAAUAGGCAAAGUCGGUGGUUUUGGAGGUGGCAUUGGUAAAGUUGGCGGCAUCGGGAAAGGCGUUGGUAUUGGUAAAGGAUGGGGAUUUGGCGGUGGCUGGAUUGGACACCGCCACUGAGCUCACUUUACCAAUGAGAAGAAAAUUGUAGUUGCAGUGCAUGGAUGUCUCU